AUGAGUGGCACAGAGAAGGAUCCGCAUUUGGACCAGAGGGGGGACCCGGGCCCUGAGCCCGCGGAGAGCCCCCAGGUCGAGUUUGACUUCUCCAUCCUAUUCGAUUAUGACUAUAUGAACCCAGUAGAAGAAGAACCGACUCCACAUAAUAUCGUCAGCCCACCCUCUGGAUGUCCUGAUGAUGUCCUGGAUUAUGGCCUCAAGCCAUACACCCCCCCUCCUAGUAACUCUGCAGAUCCCAUGGGCAAAUACGGACAGCCAGAUAGCAUAGGGUCAAAAUGCUACCUAGACCCUGCAAAGCAUGUAGGGGCUUCGGCUUUGAGUCCUAGGAUCGAGAUCACUCCAUCCCAUGAACUGAUACAGUCAGGUGGGUCCUUCCGCAUCAGAGACACAGAUCUUUUGGUAGAGCAACAGCCCACCUCCGCCACUGCUAGCCCAAGGUUUACUCUGCCGGUCCCUGGCUUUGAGGGCUACCGGGAUCCGCCUUGCUUGAGCCCCGCUAGUAGCGGCUCGUCUGCAAGUUUCAUUUCAGAGACCAAUUUCUCUCCCUACACAUCACCGUGUGUCUCGCCUAAUAAUGGCCCUAGUGACGACCUUUGUCCACAAUUACAAAACAUCCAUACUCAUUAUUCUCCUAGAACCUCUCCAAUAAUGUCACCACGAACAAGCAUCACAGAGGAAACCUACUUGGGACGACACUCACCCUCGCCCCGUCCCAACUCCAGGUCUUCAUCACCCGGUGCGAAGCGAAGGUACUCUUGUGCCGAGCUCUUCACUACUCAGCUGCCCUCGGCCUCUCCACACCAGUCUAGGACCCCCUCUCCACAGGCCUCGCCCAACGUCUCGCUGAGGGAAGACGGACUUUCAGUCACUUGCACCCAGUUGCCCGACUCUACCAUUCUUAUGGACACCAUGAGCAACCUCACCACAGAUCCCCCAUGUGGCAUCCCCUCCAAGAUGUGGAAAACCAGCCCUGACCCAUCACCAGUUCCCUCCCAAAAAGCCAGCAUGCCACGGCAUACCAUCUAUCCGAAUGUAGAUUAUCUUGGCCCUUGUGAGCAGGAGGAGAGGAGAAACUCAGCUCCCGAGUCGAUUUUAUUGGUGCCCCCGACUUGGCCAAAGCAACUGGUUCCUGCCAUUCCUAUCUGCAGCAUCCCAGUGACUGCAUCCCUUCCCCCUCUGGAAUGGCCCCUUUCCAAUCAAUCAGGGUCUUAUGAAUUGCGGAUUGAAGUGCAGCCAAAGCCCCAUCAUCGGGCACAUUACGAGACAGAGGGCAGUCGAGGGGCUGUCAAAGCUCCCACAGGAGGUCAUCCUGUGGUCCAGCUUCAUGGUUACAUGGAGAACAAACCUCUGGGCCUUCAGAUCUUCAUUGGGACAGCGGAUGAAAGGAUUCUUAAGCCGCAUGCUUUCUAUCAAGUCCACCGGAUCACAGGGAAAACAGUCACCACAACCAGCUAUGAGAAAAUUGUGGGCAAUACCAAAGUACUGGAAAUCCCGCUGGAACCGAAAAACAACAUGAAAGCAACCAUCGACUGUGCUGGGAUCCUGAAGCUUAGGAAUGCUGAUAUUGAGCUGCGGAAAGGAGAGACAGACAUCGGGAGAAAGAACACUCGGGUGCGCCUAGUUUUCCGUGUGCACAUCCCAGAAUCCAGUGGGAGGAUUGUCUCUCUGCAAGCUGCGUCCAAUCCCAUUGAGUGCUCCCAAAGAUCUGCGCAUGAACUGCCCAUGGUUGAAAGGCAAGAUAUCGAUAGCUGCCUGGUUUAUGGAGGGCAACAGAUGAUCCUCACUGGCCAGAAUUUUACAGCAGAAUCCAAAGUUGUAUUUACUGAAAAGACAACAGAUGGGCAACAAAUUUGGGAGAUGGAAGCCACAGUGGAUAAAGAUAAGAGCCAGCCUAGUAUGCUUUUUGUUGAAAUACCUGAAUAUCGGAACAAGCAUAUCCGCACCCCUGUGAAGGUGAACUUCUAUGUCAUCAAUGGGAAAAGAAAAAGAAGCCAACCUCAACAUUUUACUUACCAUCCAGUUCCAUCCAUCAAAACAGAACCUAUUGAUGAAUAUGAUCCUGCCUUAAUCUGCAAUACAGUGCACAGUGCCUUGGGAACAGUAACACAGCCUUACUAUUCACAACACACAAUGGUCACUGAGUCCCCUUCCUGUCUUGUGGCCACUAUGGCAUCAUGCCAACAGUUCCGCUCAGGUCUAUCUUCUCCCGACUCUCGGUACCAACAACAGAAUUCAACAGCUGUAAUAUACCAGAGGAGCAAGAGCUUGAGCCCCAGCCUCUUGGGCUACCAGCAGCCCACUUUGAUGGCCUCCUCCAUCUCCAUUUCAGAUGCUCACCGAUCAGUGCUCAUGCAUGCUGGCUCUCCAGGCCAGAAUUCAGCUCUGCUCCACCACUCUCCAACCAAUCAGCAAUCUUCUCCAGUGAUUCACUAUUCUCCAACCAAUCAGCAGGUGAGGUGUGGAACCCACCAAGAAUUCCAACACAUCAUGUGCUGUGAAAAUUUUACGUCCAGUGCUGCCCGGCCUAAUCCACCCCAAGUCAGCCAAGCACAGAGGAUAAGUCCAAGCUCCUAUCCUACGGUAAUUCAACAACAGAAUGCUACAAGUCAACGAGCUGCUAAAAAUGGACCACCCGUUAAUGACCAAAAGGAAGUAUUACCAGCAGGAGUGACUAUUAAGCAGGAACAGAACCUGGACCAGGCCUAUUUGGAUGAUGAGCUGAUAGAUACACACCUUAGCUGGAUACAAAACAUAAUAUGAAACAGAAUGACUGUGAUCUUUGAUACGAGAAUUCAAAGUUGAAGUUAAUGAAAUUAUCAGGAAGGAAUUUUCUGGAUUUCCUGCCAAAAAUCAGACGUAGAAGAAGUGAUUAGCAAGACAACAUUUAUUGAAUGCUUCCGUAACUGGCCUCUUGGACCCUUCUACUGCCCCUACCUACCACCUUCUGUUUCCUUUACUAUUCAUCUCAAGGCCUGGAUUCAACAUGACGAACAAUGUAUUGGCAUAAAGCUGACUUUCUUGAUUAAGGAGCUCGCCACCUUUCUCUGUAAACAUCAGAAGGGACAGUCUUCCUUUUUUCCCCCUCCCAAAGAUCAUUUUGUUUGACCUUAAUCUUGUAUCAACCACAUACUGUGUUGCCUGCUGAAAAAAAAAAAAGAAUGAAAAGAAUAUUGAAAACACCUUACUGGAAGUCUCCGCUGAAGCAAGCGACA